AUUACAAACAAUUACUUUUUUGCUUGGUCCACCGAGUUCCAGUUGGAAGUUAUGUCAAGUCACCAUGGCAUCGUCUGCAUGGAUUCGACGCACAAGGCCGUCAGAUCAUUGCUGCCUGAUCCAGAUAACGAGAAAGUGUUCCCAUCUGCAUACCUUUUCACUGUCCUUGUCCGAGAUCGAGCAGCGAAUAUUGGCAUACCAAUUGCCUUCAUGGUUUGCAACUCUGAAUCAAUUGCCCUUAACACUUUUUCCUUAGUAAUACUCUUAGGACCUGGCUGAAAUGGGUCAAGGACCACUCUGGCUUGAACGCGUCCAAAUUCAUGGUAGACUGCUUCCAGACAGAAACAGAGGCGUUACGACAAUCAUUCAAGACACUGCAUAUCUAUUACUGCUCGUUUCAUGUUGCACAGGCAUGGGAG